AUGUCAUUUAAACUCCCUUAUGGGCUGAUCCUAAGCAUUGAUGACUUAUGAACCUCAGAAUCUGAGCUGAAAUCCUCAUGAUAUAGUGCAAUUCGCAAAAAUGAACAAAAAGUUAGAAGCUUUGUUUUACGACUCAAUGGCAAAUUCGCCUACUCCAAUAAAAAGCUUGAUCUGACCCCAGAUAUAAACGACAGAGCUUUAUCUUUAUAUCAAAAAUGAGAAGGCGACUCCUACCGCCAAAUAAAAUGAGGAAACAGAAUCAGCUUAAUCGCAACCCAUUGAUCGAAUUUCCAGCUCUGAAUGGCUAAUUUAUCUUCAACAGAACUCGAAGAAGAAAAAGAUAGGCUACGAAAAUAUAUCCCCGAAAUCAUCCUUAAUAACCAAGAAUUUUUACCUGACCUACUAAAAUCCAUUAGCACCCUUGACUGCAAAAAUUGCGGCUGGUUUAAGCCAGUCCGAGCAAGAUCCGCCGUCAUUUUUUAUCUCGCUGACAUAAACAAAAUAUCAGUCCAAUCUGCAUUUAUGCAAUAUAAAUAUGGUAACUUCCCUGGAAAAGGAGAAUACGAAGAAGUCCAAAAAGAAUAUAAAAGCAUUUAUGACAAACUGCAUGAGCUAGACAGCUUAAGAUACCAUGCAGAAGUUAUUAAAUGCACAAACGCCAAAUAUUUGAAUUAUUUAACAGAAUCUCUAUCCUGAAGCGAUAUUUAUAAAUGCCCGAUAGCCACUAUGCUAGGCGAAAACACAAGGAUGAGGAAAAAAAUUUCUUUAAUUUUGCAAAUAAAAAUGGAAAACUGGAUCAGCAAUUUAAUGAAAAAAAUGGAAGAAUACUUCAGGAGAGCACGAUGAGGGAACAGAAAAAACACAAUUUUGAAGCUGGCUGUAAAUGAUAGUGUAAAAGUGUAUCCAAAGGAUGAAGAUGGGAAAUUUGUGCAUUACACGAUAUGUGGAGAAAAUUUAAGUGAAAAUUUUCCAAUGCUGUAUAUAAUUGAACAGUCGAUUUGGCAUCAAGAUUUAUGAUUUGAGUCAACAGAGUAUACUGGGGAAAUUGUUAAUGUUAUGAGUGAUCCGCUGUACUUGCCGAUUGUUUGUGUUAAUUUAGGGCAUGGGAUACAAGCAAAAAUAUAUGAAGUGGAAGAUAUGCUGCUAGAUGGAGGAUGAUAA